CCUUUGCAGAAGCAGAACUACAAAUGCCAUUGAGCUCAUCAUUAGCAUUUCAUUCCUUCUUGAUCGGUUCAUAAUCCCGAGAGCACAAUGAAGCUGCAGCUCAUGUUCAUGCCUAGGAAGAAGCCGUGUAUGCUCGGUGUCGGUUCAGCUGUCCUGGUGAAGUGCAGGGAGUUGUGGCGAGGCCUCACCGGCGGUGGCUUCGCCGUGGCGCGGCGACACGCCGACGACUACUUCAGGGGCAGCUACGAGUUCUCGUGCACGGCAACGCCGAUCAAUUUUCCUCCAAGGGCUACGAAUGGCCGUGGACGGCGGCGGCGGCGUCUGCCACCCUGCGUCGGCGGCAAGCAAGCGCAGGAGAUGCUGGAGUGCAUCGCGCCAGGGAAAGGGUGGUCGCCCGAGCGCUCGCCGGGAGCCGGAGCUGGGAACGAGAUCGACGGCCUGGCCGAGGAGUUCAUCAGGAGGUUCUAUGACCAGCUGAGGAUGCAGAGGGUGGAGGAGAUCCAGGUGGAGCACGAGACAAGGGCUCAGAAAACCUCAGUGAUGUAAACGGCCUAUUUUAUACCUAAUAUUUCAGUGUUUCUUUCUUUUUAGAAAGACUAUUUCCGAGUUUCAUCAUGUAAGGAGUGUGUUCAUAUCGUUUUGUAUGAUGGAGACAUUUGUGUACAUACUACAUGUCCACAUAGCAAGAAUACAUGCAUGCUUUCGUGG